AUGAAUGCUCUCAAGAUCAAUAAAUUUAUCUACCUCACAUUGUUUGGUUUCUGUCUAUGGGUAUCAUUGACACUUGCUGUCUUUGUUGGGUUUUGGAAUAUGGAAUUUGAGUAUUCACAGGCAAUUGAUAAAAACCAACAAGACAAUGCUUUAAAGCUGGUUGAAGAUUUUUAUUCACACUUGGCAUGCCCUCAAUCUGCGAUUGGAAAAAGGAUUUUUCAAAGUUUGAAACAGUUCCAAUUAUAUGAAAUGGAUGGAAAUGGGGCAAAAGUUUUCUACAACAAAAGGAUCCUUGAAAAAUUCAGAGAUGUGUAUUGGUGUCAUCAAAAACUUGACAAAGCCAAAUUUCUUGAUCCUUCAGGAGGUUCAUUUGAAUUAGAGAUAGAGGGCACAUCUUCAAAUCAAUUUGUUGAAGCAACUAGGUGGUUAACUCACAAGGCCAUUUUCAAAUUCAACUCAGAAAACAAUGAACUUGUGAAAGUUAACUUCAUUCAUCAGGAACAAAAUCCAGAAUCCUCAACUCAUGAAGAUUUGAUCCAAAGCUUACGCUUUUUUCUUUCACAAUCUGAAGGAACCUCCACAUCAUAA